GCCUUCCCUGCGCGCCGCCGGCUUCGGCUCGGGCGGAGCAGCCCGGCUCCUCCUCUCCUCCUCGGGCUCCAGCUCGCCCGGCCUCCAUCCCGCGCCUUCCCCAAUCCCGCCGGCCAUCCAGCAGCAGCAGCAGUUGCAGCCUCCGCGAUCCGAGCAGCCAUGGCGGGCCAGGAGGAAGCAGCGGCGGCGGCGGCGGCGACGGAGGGCGCGGAGGCCGGCAGCCCCGGCUUGCUGCUGGAGAUCGUCAGCUCCCCGCUGAACCUGAGCCUGCUGGGCCUCUGCCUCUUCCUCCUCUACCAGAUCGUGCGCGGGGACCGCCCGAGCGCCCAGCCCGACGGCGAGGAGGAGGCGCCGCCGCUGCCCAAACUCAAGCGCCGCGACUUCACCCUGGCCCAGCUGCGCCCCUUCGACGGGCUGGCCAACCCGCGCAUCCUCAUGGGCCUCAACGGCAAGGUCUUCGACGUCAGCCGCGGACGGAAGUUCUACGGGCCAGAGGGACCUUAUGGCAUCUUUGCUGGGAGAGAUGCUUCCCGUGGUCUUGCUACUUUCUGCCUCGAUAAAGAAGCUCUGAAAGAUGAAUACGAUGAUCUCUCUGACCUGGAUGCUUCGCAGAAAGAAACAUUGACUGAUUGGGAACAGCAGUUUACAUUUAAAUAUCACUACGUCGGCAAACUGCUGAAGGAUGGGGAAGAACCGACGGUUUAUUCUGACGAAGAAGAAACGAAAGAUGCUAAUGACCGCAAGAACGAUUAGCAAACGCGACGAGGAGCCAUCUGAAGCUACUAACGGUUUCUUUGCUUUUAAUUUUUAAGGAACAUUUUUAUCAUAUUCCCCUCCCCUUCUAUUUUACCCGUUUCUAUAUCAGCCAUUUUUAGAACUACUAGGACUUGCAGUGACAUUGGCUGUAAUGCUGCACAUUUUAAUCAACAUUCCUAAGUAACUCAGUGCUAACCUUUUUUCAAAUCCAAGCUAACCUUUUUUCAAAUCCAAGCUACUCCUUGGGCAGUAGAGCAAUGAGCAAACCAGUUGGUGGUACGUAAAGGAUCCUCACCAGCCAAGCAGUUGCUGUAGGUAGGACUUCCCUUCCAUUUAAUGGUGCUUUGCAGGAUGUCACUGUGAGGACCUAUGGAACAGACAUUGCAAUGCUCUGAAGGUUGGCCCUUGUAGGAGACACCGCUCUGUCCCUCAACCUCCUUCGAAUUGAUGGUAUUCAGAAAGGGUUCCUGUAUCUUCCCCAGCCCGUGUCUUUAUCAUUCCUUUUAUAAAAAACCUGUCUUCCACCGAUUGCUCAUCUCUGUGUAUCCUUUGAGCGAGCUUUGUCUGCUGCAGUUUCCUUCACAGGUGCAAUUUCUGUGACGGGCUUAUAUCAUUUCAUAUAUUUAGGAAAGUGGAGUCUAGUGUGGCUUUGUUGUCACAGCUACUGUAGGAUUGGAAGUGGUUGAAAAGUGCUUUUAUAUAGAUACUUACACCCACCCGAUCGGGCCCUAGCUUUGAAGCAAAGUAACCUUCUUUUUAAAAAGAUUGUUUUCCUCUUUCUGCUAGGCUAAUUCACCCUGGUGCAAAUCUAACAAGCAAAUUUGGUUUAGCUGCAGUGCGAUCUUCGGGGGCCCAUUUAUAAUGGAUGGUUAAUUGUAAGCUUUAAGAUGUUGACAGGAUCCUGCUAGCAUGUAGGUGUAAGUCCUCGACUUACAAUCGUUCUUUUAGUGACUUUCGAAAUUACAACAGCCCUGACCUAGGACCGGUCCUCACAUUUGUGUCUCCCACAGUAUCCCUUGGGUCAAAAUUGGGGGGCUUGACAACCAUCAGCUAUUUAAGAUGGUUGCACCAACCCAGGUCAUAUGUUCCCAAUUUGUGACCUUCCCAGCUAGCUUGACAAGCAAAGUCAAGGAAGGGGGGGAGCUUAAUGAGCAUGUGAUUCAGUGACUCAUUUAACGACCACCUUGCUUAGCAAUGGAAAUUCUGUUUGUACAUUGAAGACUGCCUGCAAACGGAAGUCCCAGUGGCUGUAGGUUUCCAGCCAGUGUUAAUUCCUUGAAAUGUUUUUGUGUCUAAGCCACUCACUCCUGCUGGAGGUGGCAAACAAGAGUUAAAAUCUAUUCUAAACCGUGUUGGUCACCUAAGAUUUGAGAAGUGGGAAAAUCACAUUUAAGAGGAGACGUAGCAGUAACUUGGAGAAUCCUGGAAUUCUUGCACAAUGUUGCAUGAGGAUUAUUCAGCUCUGGGAAAAUCGUUGACAGUUUUUAACAACUGCAAAAAGUAAAGCGGCGCUGAUUUUAGCGCAGAGAACACACCAAAUACCAGAGUAAAUUAUGGAACUUUUGAGUGACUCUUUGAGUUAUUUAUAAGGUUUUAAAUUUAUUUAUAAGGUUUUAAAUUGGGAGACUAGGGGCCUUGCUGAUCUUCCUUGAAAAGGCCGCCAACUUUCCUUGAGUGCAGAUAACGAUAAUAAAAUCCAAAAUUUCACGAUAGGAUAAUUGAUCCACUGCAAGUAUUCUAUUAAUUCUCAGAUACAUUUUUUUUUUGGGGGGAGGGUGUAGUUUGAGAUUCAGUUCAUUUUGUGCGGCCACUCACAGUAUGAAUGGGCUGGAUUUAGGAAAGUAAGCAAGGACUAUGGAACCAGGGAACAUGUUUCCAAGAAGUUAUUCCCAAGUUUGUUUCUUUUCCCAUCCUUUUUAUAGACUCACCAUUUUGAGGGGCUCAAACGGUAAGAGAUCUGUUCUCCUUGUAAAAAAAAAAAAAAAA